GGCCAAUCCGCCGCAACAAAAAGCUUGGCACUGGCAUCCCGAACCAUCGCCGACGUCAGUCUACUUACUUUCUCCGUUCACCAAAUCACCUCCAACAACAACAACCAACCCACCACUCCCAAUCCCAAUGGACACACACCGAACAGAAAGGAUGUCCUCCCGCGACCACCAUCCCGACUCCCGCUCCCACAGAGACCGCACCCACACCCGCUCCCGCACGCGCUCUCGCUCCCCGACCACCACCACCUCCCGAUCCGACCGCCACCGCAGCAGCAGACACCAUCACCACCAUCGCCAUUCCCAUCACCGCCACGACCGCUCUCGAGACCAUGACCGUCACCGUCGCGAUCGCCAUGCCUCGCGCCAACAAGCAGAUCCAGCACCAGCGCCAGCACCGGCCCCCGUGAUCCUCCCGUUCCAGGCGCGCGAACUCACGAAAUAUGAUCUGGAGCACUAUGCACCCAUGUUCGAUAUGUAUUUGGAUAUUCAGAAGGGGAUUGUUUUGGAUGAGUUGGCGGAGGAGGAGGUGAAGGGGCGGUGGAAGAGUUUUAUGAAGAAGUGGAACCGGGGAGAAUUAGCAGAGGGUUGGUAUGAUCCUGCUACGUUGGAUAAGGCGAGGAAGAGUGUUGCGCAGAUGCAGACGAAUACUCGUCGGGGUGGAUCGCAAGGGGAUGAGAGGGGGAAUGGGGAUGGGAAUGAGGAAGGGCCCGAGGAAGAGGAGGAGGAGGACAACGAUGACGAUGAAUAUGGACCUAUUCUGCCCACUGGUCGAAGCGGAGGAUAUUCUUCGGGCCCUACGAUACCCACUAUGCAGGAUUUGGAGCUGCGGAAGGAACUCGCAGCAGAAGACGCCGUCGCUGCACGCCUGGACUCGCGCGCCCAAUAUCGCAGCGAACUACGCUCUCAUAAGUCGGAAGUCCGACACAUGCAGGAGGAGGUAGCGCCGCGUGCAGAACCGGGGACUCAUGAACGGCGCAUGGAGAAGCGACAGGAGGCGGCGGCGAGUAAUCGGGCUUUUGCGGAGGCGAAGCGCGGGGGAUCACCAGAAGCAGCGCCGGAGGAGGAGCUGAUGGGGUCGGGGGAGAAUGAUUUGGAGGGGUUCAAGAAGGCCAGGGAGAGGGAGCAGCGGAAGAAGAAUGAGCGCGAGAUUCGGAGGGAGGAGAUGCUGAGGGCGCGGGCGGCGGAGCGCGAAGAGAGGUUGCAGCAGUAUAGACAGAAGGAGGAGGAGACGAUUGGAUGGUUGAAAACGUUGGCGAAGCAGAGGUUUGGAUAGACUUCUUGGAUGGUUGGUGUAGUUCUAUCGUGCAUUGGGUCUGCUGGUCUUAGGGUCAACCACUGGGAAACCAAAUAGAAUACGGGCCGCGAUACUUCAUGCCCAGGUCGCAACGGGUGAAAGGUUAUAUUCACACAAUGGCGAUCCCCAUGGUGAAAUGAUGUUUCGAGUGUAUCCCAUAUUGCAUGCCCUCCUCGCCACGGCGUCAGCCAAUGUCAAUAAUCAAGCCCCCGCGAAUCUGGUUUACCUUAUUCAACCGGCGGCAAGGGUUUGCUCCGUCUCUGGUACCAGAGCCAACCACAGCAAUGGAGUCUGCUCUGU